AUUCAGAUUUUUAAACAUAUGGCUAUCCGAUUGCCUAGUAUUAUGCAUGCUAAGCAGAUCCUCCGACGAGGAAGUCUUUUCGCAAACCGAGCAGCUUCAAGAUCUGCUAUAGGUGUUCCAAAAGGCUUCUUAGCAGUGUAUGUUGGAGAGAGUGAAAAGAAGAGAUACAUGGUUCCAAUUUCAUUCUUGAGUCAGCCUUCAUUCCAAGAGUUGCUAAGUAAGGCAGAGGAAGAGUUUGGAUUUGACCAUCCAAUGGGUGGACUCACAAUCCCUUGCAGAGAAGAAAUCUUCAUCAAUCUUACUUCUAGAUUAAAUGACAUGUGAUCUGUGAUACAAAUUGUGAACAGAAAUUGUAAACAGAAAUGACAAGAAAUCUUCCAACUUGUAUGACCAGUUGAGGAAAUUGUAAAUAGAAAUUGUUGACACCGUACAAUUUCUUUUUAUCAGUUCUAGAAUUUGCAACAUCAAAUGUAAGGUGUUCCUCGCUAGAUUCUGAAAUUACUUUCAGUCCAUUACCUUGUUACCUUUCUUUUCCAGCCAUUUUACUUUUUUUA